AUGAUUAGUGGGUUUGCUAAGUUUGGGCUUUUGUAUGAGGCGAGGAGGCUUUUCAACAAGAUGCCAGAGAAAGGUAUUAUACAGUGGAAUGCGUUGAUUGGAGGUUUUGUCCAAGCUAAGCGUGGUAAAGAGGCACUGGCUUUGUUUCACGAAAUGCAAACCAUGAAUGUAAAACCUGAUGAAGUGACUAUGCUUUGUCUUACUGUUUCACUGGGAACCGCGCUUGUUGAUAUGUAUGCCAAAUGUGGUAAUGUUGAAAAGGCACUUCAGGUUUUUCAUGAGAUGCCCGUCAGAAACUCAUUGACUUGGACAGCUGCAAUUGGUGCCUUAGCGGUUCAUGGAAAUGGACGUGAUGCUCUAUCAUAUUUUUCAAAGAUGGUUGACAGUGGCCUGAGACCAGAUGAUGUCACAUUUCUCGGGGUCUUAUCAGCUUGUUGUCAUGCAGGUUUGGGAGCACUGUUUUUUGCUUGUCGAAUUCAUGGGAACGUCGAGAUGGGGGGAAACGCAGUUCUGAAACUUCUUGAGUUUGAUCCUGGUGAUAGUGGAACUUAUGUCUUACUUGCUAAUAUCUAUGUUGAAGCAAAUAUGCAGCAUAACGCACGAGAUAUUAGGAAGAUGAUGGAUGAAAGAGGAUUAGAAAAACACCUGGUUGCAGCUCCAUUGAAGAAAAUGGAAAACUUUUUGAGUUUAUUGUUAGAGACAAGACACAUCCACGAUCCGAUCAGAUUUAUGAAAGUUUGA